UGAGAUAUAUUUCCAGAAUCAUCAGUAAUCUCCCCUGAAAAUUCUUGCUUAAUUUACUUAUUUAAAGCCUUCUGUGGCCCUAAUCUCUGGCAAUUCGCCGAAGAAAGAAGAAAUUAAGGAAAUGGCUUCCUUGAGUGGGGUACUGUUACUUGUUCAUAUCUCCCUCAUGGCCACCACUCUCUUCUACUAUCCUUCACAUGCGAUCGGACAAGACGUCGUCGAGCAGGUAUGCCAGCAAACGGAGGACUAUCAAUUCUGUUUCAAUACCAUCCUCAGAGAUCCUCGGACUCCGGCAGUUAACAUGGAGGGGCUGUGCCUCCUCAGUGUGGCAAUAACCAUAGACCACGUUAGGGAAGCGGUGGAUAAAAUACCGGGGCUGCUGGAGAAAGCUACUGAUCCAGUGGACAAGCAAAGAAUGACGACUUGCCAAUCCAACUAUGGAGCAGCGGCGGGGGACUUCCAGAGGGCGUGGGGCUCGGCUUCUUCAAAGGCUUUCCAUGAUGUGCUGGGCUGGGUUCAGAAGGGAAGUGGUCAGGUUAUAAACUGUGAAAAUAUAUACCGGCAAAGUCCGCCGAUCCGUGAAUCUCCCCUCACAGUUGACAACCACAACGUGAUUAAAUUAGCAGGAAUUACUUUGGUUGUUCUUGGUAUGCUUGGUGUUCGUUGAAGAUGGUGUGUCUUCCUUGAGGUAAAGCUCACGUUCUUGGAAUUAACGUACAAUAAAUGUGGAAUGCAAUACUGUUGGUUGGUCAAUAAAAACUGAUGUGAAUUUACUACUCA